AUGACGCACCACAGCGUGUCACAGGAUACAGAAGAGGACGAGAAUGAGAAGAAGAUGACUGUAUUGCAGCAUGGAGAUGUCAGGACAGAUGAUGAUUUGCAGGAAAUUACUGCGGACGAGGACGUUGACGACGAAGAAGACGAAGAAGAGGUGGACAGUGACGAGGACAAGGUCGAGGUCUCGGACAGUGCGUCAAUGUUACGCAUGAUGCAACAAUUAUCAGAGGAUGAUACAAGACGUCAUGAGCAGUUUCGACGCUCGCACUUUGAGCGUGGAGCCAUUAAACGAUGUAUGGCUCAAGCGAUUCAAGAGUGCACAGCUACGGAAAAAAGAGUGCCUGGUGUGACCAAUGUCAUGGCUAUUGUCAUGGCUGGUAUGACCAAGGUGUUUGUCGGUGAGAUCACGGCAGAAGCACGGAAGAUUAUGGAGAAGAAUGGUGAGACGGGGCCUAUUCGUCCACGUCAUCUGCGUGAAGCACAUCGCAAGUAUUACAAACGUCGUCCACUAGCAAGGGGCCGCAACAUGCGGCGUCUGCUUCGGUAA